GGCUCCUCCUCGGCCUGCUUAACCCGUUUGAGCAAGACGAGGCUGGGGCUCCACACGGCGCGGUUGGCUCACCGGCCGCGGCCUUGGCCCAGCAGCCGGGCAGGCGAGCCGGUGACGCGCUCUUGUUUCGUCGCUCGAAUUCAAAUAUAUUUUCUUAGCUAAUUUCUAGACACAGUGAAUCCUGAAAAUAUGAAAGCGAAAUGUUCAUUAAAUUGAAUUACAACAGGUAACUCAAACUUGUUAGGGCAGUAAAUUAGUGAGAGAGCUCUUGGAGAGAGUUAAGGAAAAUAAGGUGAGCGCUGGCGCAGUGGAGGUCGAGGAGGCCGGCGUCCGUCCACGCACAUUCGUAUACGAUACGCAGAAAGGUUUUAUAAAUUACUAGCGACCCGCGCUCGCUUCGCUUCGGAAACAUUAAAUUUUAUUAUUGAUAGCCGAGUCCCGCAAUGUUAUGCCGCGGGGCGAAGCUAGUCUAAAAAAAGUAACCACUCACCAUCAGGUGGGCCGUAUGCUCGUCUGCCUACAAAGGCAAUAAAAAAAAACCUAAGUUACUCCUUAUAUCAUCAACUACCUAUCAGUGAAAGUCCCGUCAAAAUCGGUCCUGCCGUUCCAGGGAUUAGCCGGAACAAACAGACAGGCAGACAAACAGACAAAAAUUGUAAAAAAUGUUAUUUUGGUGUAUGUAGCGUAUAUAUUUAUAUGCAUUAAAAUGCAUUAAAUGCAUUAAAAAGCUGUUAUUUUAACAUAACAAACAGACACUCCAAUUUUAUUUAUGUAUAGAUCUUUUGGCUAAAUGCAUACUAUUACAUUAUUUUUGACAAGCAGUAUAUCGCUUAUAAGUUUUGCAGCACCUAAUUAACGGGUUAUUAUUUUUAAAACGCAGCGUUUGAGCUAGGUUUUUACAUCGCGAUGCAAGAGUUACUCUUGCUCUGCUGAAAAGUGAUGAUUUCAUGAUUUCACGGUGCGCUCUCUGCGGUUAGAUGUGGCUGGUACUAGCGUGGAUAGGGCCCUAUGGAUAAUGCUCCAUGUGAACACAUUUUUUUAUGCUAUUCAUCUGUCCGGAGCCUGUUGCACAGUGCUCCACGCGGUCCCGGGCUGCUCGUGGACACUAUAAUAUACUUCAGCAGUUCCCGAAAUGUGUGUUGGCCAUCAUUAUUAUUAUAUUCUAAAUAUGGAAGUACCGCAUAGCGUUCACUGUGUGAGUGCCGUUUAUUUGACUCUACAACUUGAAACUGCAAGGGGGCAGGCAGGAGAUAUCCCACCGCAGGGUGUUUCUGCAGUGGUCGAGUGUUGUUUUGCCAUGUCAUACAUACAUAUAACGUUGCGAUACGUACGAUACUGCACAUAAGCACCCUCCCCAUGACGGGACGCAAGCUCUUGCCAGGUCUCCUCCAUUCGGCAACUGAGUUUACUAAAGUUUUUUAAUAGUCUGUAGAAUUGUGCAAUCAACAUUAUCUCGGUGUAGUCAACUAGUCAACAUUCAAGCGCUUGGAAAGCUCAUGAACAUAGCCGAUGAUAAUGAGCGCCUGAAGUCCCUUAGGGCCGGGCUUGCUCCGAGACUAACACCUAGUUCUUCGAUUCAAUUCCAUACCAAAUUAAAAAAAAAUAUAUCAAUUUUUUUUCUAAAUACACUUUUAUAGUUUAACUUCGAUAAUGAGUUUUUUGUAUUGACUAGAGCUAGACUCUGAAGUCAUUUACCAUCAGCUACUGGCCGUCGGCUUAUUUGAAAGGUAGAUCCAUAAUAGUCCAACACCACGACGGUCGCUGUUACCGUUGAAAAUUGUUUUAUAAACAAUAUAAAUAAUAGUAGUUCAGAGCAUCGCGCACAGUCCGCGCCGCGACGUCUCGCCGGCUGGUUAUCGCGAUCUCUAGUAAUGACCAAACAGCCAAUAUGCUUUCUUUAUACGUGACCACGUGUUUUCUGAUCCUCACUACCCAAGGACUCAGUAUAGGAACUGUUAGUGUUAACGUGACCGAGCCCCAGCAGAGAGCCAGCGAGCUCUUUCCCGAUUGGGUCCCUUUUAAAAACAAACACGGUGAGGAACUUGGUGAGUUCGUUCAAGUGGUCAAGCCGAAACCGAAGAAGAGGUUAGCGCUUCCCGUCAACUUUAUACUUAAGGCUGUCGCGGAGCCCGAGGGUGAUGAUUAUUAUGACAAAGGACAAGGAGAAGGUGACGGAGACGACGCGUAUGACAAGAAGGAGUGGUCCGAUGAAAACAGACCCGCCCCCUCAGCGUCUGCGAACAAGCAGAUCGUAGGCAUUAACCACACUGAUCUGUCAGGCAUAGCCGGACUCGUUAACAUCAUAACACAGAAACCUGCCAUAGCGAUAGCUGAGGCUAUCAGAAACUCUAAGAUUUUUGAUACGACACCUGCUUCUGUACUAAAAGCUAGUACCGAGAAGGUGGAACAAUCAACAGAAGAAGUACAUGAGUCAAACCCGUCAAGUUCUGAGGAUACGAGCAGAGAAAAACAAAAGCCUGAGGAAACCGAAGAAGAAAAUGAUGAUGAAGAGUCCAGCACUGAAAAGCAAAAACCCGAAGUAACAGAUGAAGAACGGACUGAACAAGAACGUAAGAAAGCUAAGAUACUAAGCAGUGUGGAUGAACUCAAGGAAAGACAUGCACAAGAGCAAAGAGUUAUAUCAGAGAAGGUAAAAGAGGAAGAACUGAUCAAAGAAGAAAGAGAGCGAGACAGUGGGCAGUCUCUCUCAGAGUCAGACGAGAACGAUAAAUACAGUGUACAAAAGAAUUUUAGGAAUCUCGAACCAGACUACGAAGAAUACGAUAACAGUGAGUCAGUAGGAGACAAAUACAAGAUUAAUUCUCCGAAACGAACCACGAAAACACCUAAAAGUAACAACAACAGAGUAAAAGGAAUGAAAAACGUGGAAGUGGGGAAACUCUCCGUGUUCAAGAGCCCUCAGCUGUUCGCGGUGUACGACGAUGACAGCGACGAGUCCGUCACCUCCGCCAGACCCCCAGCAACAAGAACCAGAGGGGGCAAGUACUCCUCCAAGUACAAAGCGAACUCGACAUCAGCCCCGGACUCGGACGAGAGCGUCCGUAUAUCUUUAAUACCAGAAGAAAACAAUUCAAAAGGAGAACCGACAUUAUUCUUCCCGAAGAAGAGGAAGAACAGACGUCGAAGGAUAAAGACUACCACACCAGCUACCGAUUCUUUUGUGGCCGAGACGGUGGCAGACAAUACCGCGAAGCAUCUGAGUACAAUACCUGACGCAGCCACCGCGGACACUCUCACCACAGCCGGGGACAUGGUGUCCUCUCCGGACACUGUCUCGACCACCGCCGAUGCCGCGUCUGACGCUGUGCCUGCUCCCUCCGACCACAAGAAAGAAGAGAAAAAAAAUGAAGAUUUCGAAAACGAGAAAGGAGGAGACCGGGAGUACCACUCUGAGCACGAGGAGGAGCACGAAGAACACGGCAGAAAAGCUUACGAGGGAGUCCACAAAGACACAAGAGUAGCGAAAGGUCACAUCGACAAAGAGAACCACCUGGGGAAGUACAACGACCAAGGCGGCGUGGACAAGCAUCACCACGACGAGACCGGGCACUACGGCGCCCACCACCACGAGGAGCAUGGGAAGAAACAGGCUAAGUACGAGGAAUCAGGCAAGCAUUCCAAAGGUCACAGCACGAAGGGAAGUCACGACAUCCACAAAAAAGAAGAAUACGAGAAGAAAGUCGAGUUCUUCGAGGAAGAAGGAGAUUCUGAUGAAGAGGAGAAGCACGGCGGAUAUCAUAACGAACGAGAACAUAAAGGGGGCGGUCACUUCAAGAAGGGUGACGCGGCUGCCGGGCACCAACACCACUCAAUGGGCAAGGGCGGCCACUUCGGGAAGGGAGGUCAUGAGCACGCACAUAAGGGUCACAAAUCCGCCGCCGGCCACGACCACCACGGGAAACAUGGAAACGAUCACUUCCAGAAAGGCGGAAAAGAGGGCAGCAAGAAAUGGGUGUACCAUCAUGGGCAUCCAGCCAAGACGGCGAAUUUGGUCCUUGUCGACAAAAGAGCGGAUAGGUACUUCCAUGGACCUCAGUAUUAUGGUUGAAUUUAGCACUUUAGAUCUAAAUUCGCUUGUCUAUUUUAUCAUAUCACUUGGGCUGGUUAUUAAAUUGAUGUAAUAGUAUUUUUAUAUGUCAUAGAUUUAAGGUUGAAGAUUCAGUGAAUUAGAUUUUUGUACCGAGCGCCAAGCUAGCUCUAGUGUAAUAAAUACCUUGUAACUAGUGCUCGCUCAGAGCUGUUAUUUCAAUUAUCUAAAUGUUAUGCACAGUAUAAAAUUCAGAACACAUAAAAUCAAAGAAUUAAAGUUGUUCGACUAUCAAUUUUAAUGCUUUACGUGUUUGGAUCGUUUUCACCUGAUGUUGAGAAGUGAAUCUUUUAUUAGUUUGACCCAUUCGAAGCACAGCCUGUCGACGACAAGUACUGAAUUCGUAGGCUUAGCUUUAAAUGUGACUAAAUAAUGAAGCUUUUUUUUAUAAAUUGGUAAUUCUCAAAGUCGAUUUUUGUAACACUUCAUUUAGUUUGUAAUUGUAUUCAAAAAGCCAUUAAGUCUUGGAGUUUACGAGGUAUAUUAAUUAGUUUAUAGUUUAUGUAUGCGCUGGUUUCAUGAGAUAUUUAUUCAUCGGAUUCCGAACCUCGGGGUCGUGCCUUCAAUGUCACAUCAAUAUAUACACAUAUGUAAGUUCUCCGAUAUUUCGAAACUAAUAUGUACCUAAUAGAAAAUAAAAACUGUGAUCGAUUUUCAUAGUUUAAAAUUGUCGGAAUUUCGAGCAUUUAAUUUCUACUACUUUUCUACGCAGUUUAAUCUACACAAUUAAAUUUGUAUAUUUGCGUCGAUAACGCUUUUAUUAAAGUUUUAUGAAAAUUUUUAGACACCUGUGUUCAUUUCACUCUGCGCAAGCCGAAUCUUGUAAUUUGUAAAUAAUCUCAUUUGUAAUGUUAUGUGUUUAUUGUUUAGUUUUUUUUAAAUAAAUCGUUACUGAAAA